AUGCCCAAGCCGAUUGAUCCUGUUAAUGCAACUUUGGCAAAGGCAAACUCUAGCAUGCCUGAUUUCACAGUAGAAGCUGCUAUUGGUGGUCUAAAAGAAGAGGAACCUCCACUAGCAUCAUCCAUCUUAACAGAGAAGCGCAAACGAUGUGUCCAAGAAAGUCCUAUACAGAAAAAAGUUGCACUGGAGGCCGAAACUGGCCAAGCAGAGGCUAAAUCUAAAGCAGUCGAGGUCUCGCAUGAUAACACCAAGCCAACAUUUGAUUCUGAAAACACAAAAUCACCUAUGAUCAAGCCAUCCGCCCCAUCAUCACCCACAGGAAUAGUGGCAGAAACUGCAGUAAAAUUAGAACAGCAAACAAUAGGAAGUCCUAAACUGAUUUCAACUCCUCCAACUUCUCGUGGUAUUCAGCAAUCUUCACUGGGACUUUUUUCUGGCCAGUCAGAUAAACAAGCUAGUCAGAUUUCUCAUAUGUCAACAUUGCCUGCUAUUUCUUCCACUACUGGACAGUCCUCCUUUGGAUCGUUUGCAACUCAUAAAUCGGAUGGUUUAACUUUUGGAUCUGCGUCUUCUCAGUCAGUUUCAUUUGCGUCUAUUCUGGCUAGCACUCCAGCAUUAGAGCAAUCAUCAAAGUUGAGUACUGAUAGCUUUGCAUGCAAGGAUAAAAGUGGUUUAAAUAGCGACAGUACCGAUCAAGAAAUAUCAUCAGAUCGUCCUAUCACUGCGUUUUCGGAACCGAUGACAGUUGUUACUGGUGAAGAGGACGAGACUACUAUUCAUUCUACUCGGUGCAAGUUGUAUGCAUGGGAUGGUGAAAACUGGCGUGAGCGAGGCACUGGCCAAAUCAAAAUCAAUGAGGGUGUAGUAACUGGAGACACGACUGUACAAAGAAGGCUCGUGAUGAGAGCAGAUGGGGUAUAUCGCGUUAUUCUGAAUGUCCGGAUCUUGCCCAGUAUGCCGUUCCACCUUCGAGACGACAAGUAUGUAGAGGCUGUUGCUUGUGAGAAACCUCCGUCUCUUACAAAGUUUCUUUUCAAGUUUGCGAGUAACGAAGUGGCAUCAUCCUUUUUGUCAUCGUUAGAGCAAUCGACCUGCUCUCUCGAAUAGCAACUUUUGGACAAGAUAACACCAUUGGAAGGUGGCCAGUAUGCCGACUCUACGAAGAAACAUUAUUAAAGCCAUUGGUCUUAUGCCUGUUC